AUGGCGGAAAACAACUUUCCAGAGCCGGUGGCCGACUGGAUGCAGAUUGAGGACAGCUGGGGAGCAGGGAGGUUGCGAGACUCGCCACCCUCUUCCUUCAUUCACUCGCCGCUGGUCAUCGGCCGCAAAGGCACUCUGGCUCUCCUCAGCUACCAUCACAAUCUUCUCCAAGUCACGUCCUAUGAUGUGCAGCCGAGCCAGCCCGCACUCAUUGCUCGGACUUACCUGGCCCCAUCACUGCAAAGCCCCGACCAUCUAGCCGGGCAAUUCCUGCUCCUCUCUCAGUCCCGAGAGCAGCCCCGCGACGGCUGGGGUUUAAGGGUCGACCCGCCCGCCGGCUGCCGCAUUAGCAGGCUCGAGCGCGGCUUCAUCGAUAGCAAGCAACCGACAAGGCUGAAAAAAUAUGCCAGAAGCGUGCGGCGUGAUGGCGCUAUACCAAACCAAGAUGACGAGACGGUCGAUGUCUACAUCGAGAAAUCUACCUCGUACGUGAGGUCCGCGUCGCGUGUGGGGCCAGGAUCACUCGUACAAGCUAUGGUGGUGGCGUGUAAAGAGCCGGGGCUGGGAGUGACAUGGCACUUGGGCGGGCAAAUCCAGUUGGUACCGGGCCAAUCUUCCAGGAACUCCGCCGUCGACGAAAAAAGUCAGCUUGAACGAUUGUUCAGGUAUACCGUGGAUCUUUCGCAUAAUGGGCGAGUGCUCACCGUCAAGUGCCGGACCACUGCCAGGCCAAGGUCUGGAGCCGCAGAUCACGCGACGGAACUCUGCCUCGAUAUGAUACUUUUCAUCAAUGGGGAAGCGACGCAGCUCAGCGCCCAGCCGGGUCAACCCGCGGUGCCGAUUGCUGAUUUCGUAGAUAUCAGCCAGAGGGGACAACUCGUCUUCCCGGACACUCAGCCGUCUUUCAGCCUCGUCGCCGUCAUUUCGGUCCGAAACCCGUUGCGACACGAGAACCCAAUCCUACCAGAGUAUCCUGCGCUGACGGAGCUAAGGCGCAAGUUGAUGGUCGAAGACGGGUUUGUGCCGGCCGCGAAGCCUCUGGCCGAGCUGCUUUCUGGGCCAAGCUUGGAGCUACGAGAAAAGCUACGAGAAAUACCAAACAUCAUCGCUGCCGCCUUGCAUCGGGUCCUGGGCUCGCUGGUGACAUAUCAACCACCCGGUGCCACCCCACGGAAGUACCCCGUCCGAAACCCACUACAUGGGUAUCCUCUUGAGAAUGACGCUGACCCUGAGGAAUGUCUUUGGCUUCUUCGAAUUCUAACUUUCAUUGCUGAUAAUUUUAACGAUCAUAUCGGCACUCGGUUGAAGGCCCGGAUCAGACGAGCCAUUCGCGGCCUUCUGGAUGUUCUAUUAGAGGGUAUUCCUCUUGACAGGAACGAACCCGCGUACAUGGCUUUGGGCUUAUGCCUGUCAUGGAAGUACCUUCGCCCUACCUAUAUCGAUAAUUUACCUGAGAACAUUACAAACGCCAUUGUAACAGACGCGGAGAGGCCAGGAGGCGUAAUACUGGAUCCGACUACAAGAUUGCUGCAAUGGGCACAUAGGAUGGCAAUUUCAAGAUUGCGUGAUCUGGAUGAUCCUGCAGAUGACUCAGAGUCUGAUGAUGGAGACUCAGAGUCGGGAACCGAGUCCGGAGCCGAGUCUGGAAAUGAGGCAGAGCCUGUUGGAGACGAGGAGCCAGCGGCAAUAGACCAACCUCUGGCAGAUCCCGAUGAAGAAGAGCAGCCAGCAGCACCAGACACACUUCUAGCAGAGCCAGAAGCAGCAAAUCUAGAAGACACAGACCGAUCGAUUCAGGAUUACCACGACCUUGCGCUGGAUCGCUCCGGGUCCAGACUCAGUCUCGGCUUAGAUGUGGACUCCGACGAAGAGUGUUCUGAACAACCGGAGGAUCUCAGCCAGGCCAUCUCGAGGGAGGAAAAAGGGAGCCAAAUCGCCCUGCUUGUCCUAGAUCUGCUUUCAAAUACCUCGGCGCAAUAUAGACGCCGCCUAUUGGACGAGGUUCAAAAGAGACAGGCCGUCCGUGAGACAGAUCGAAUUGGCAGAAUCCCUCCUUGGGGUCUCCGCUUCCGAGAUCAUGGCAUCCGUCUUGAACUGGCUACUAUACGGCGAAAGCUGGAUGCAGGGCAGUCAACGCCGACGCCGACACAAAUUUCGGAUGAGAUUCUUCAGGACGCGACCGAUAAGUUGUCGUAUUUUGGCCGCUCCAACUUUUCAGUUCUGAGCUGCGUGUCAGAAAUGAAUGAGCCAGAGUGGGCGAGCAGUCUGUGGAGCCUUGAUUCUCUCGAUGCUUGCUGCUCACUCUUAGGCAUCAUUGAGCCACCUAGAUGCGAGCGUUUGCGGGAACGACAAGCUGAGCAACAAGGCACCGCGGGAGAGGCUCCCAACUCUACGGCAAAUCGGACCCGUUUCCCUUGGCAAAGGCAUCUCAUCCACGCAAGACAGUAUUAUCCUUCAUUUAUUCGACAGUCUCUGGACGACCGCCAGUUGCAAGCGGAUCGAGAAAGGUUCAAUAGCUUCUACGCUGGAGUCCACCGCGAAGAUGGAGACAACAAACUCGUCAAAAUGAUCGGUCGUGAAGGGCGGGCACUGUUUGCUCACAUGAGCCGUGCUCAGAGGUGGCUGCCAGAGCACCUGAGGUUUGGGAAUGGAGAUAUGCGUGUCCUGGACUUUUCGUUCCCGCACAUGCGUCACUAUAGUGAUAUGGACCUCCGCAGACUUCUCUACGAGCAUGUAAGUGUGGCCGUGGCCGUGGCCGUGCCCCAUACCCCAAACCUCGCGCGGAAGAUUGGCUCUGUGCUAACAAGGACGGGCCUUGCAGCGAGUGAGAACAAUGGCUACUCAGAGGUUAAUGUGGGUGUAUACUCCGCUCCCUUGCGCGUCUUCUCAAGCGGGGACUGA